AUGGGUGGUAAUGCCAAAUUCACAAAGAAAAAGCACAAAGAAAGGUAUGCUAUUCUUUUGACCUGUAAGACUGUUCCUUACAAGCAUAUUGAUAAUCAUGUGAUUGAUACUCUGCCCUUGGCUCAUUAUUGGGUUUUGGUUGUGAAUUUAGGAUGGGACACUUAUUUUUCUAUUCAUUAUCCCACAUACUAUGAGCUAACUAGAGAAUUUUAUGCCACCUAUGAGUUCAAUUAUCCUAAAGAUAUAACUACAGACACUCCUAGGUUCAAUUUGACUUGUGGGUUUAUUUCCUCUGAAUUUGCACAUUCUGUUGAAUAUGAGGGAGCACCAUGCAACUUCCCAGAUAAUUUUGACCUGACCAUAUCUUGGCCAUUACUCUUUUCAGAUGACAAACCUUAUCAUACAAGCACCUCUCGUUCUACUUAUCUGCGUCCGCCAGAUUUAUGGUACAUUCAUUGCUUUUUAUCCAUGUCCUUUUCUGGUAUCAAUGAUGACUCCUUUAGACUAAGCAAGACUGAAUUCUUCUUCUUGUUUUGCAUGGAACAUAGUAUCAAGAUCAAUCUUACAGCUUGGUUGGGUAGGCAAUUCCUUUUUAUGGCUAAGAAAAAAAGAGGACAUUUAUGCUUAGGUUCAAUUAUCACUUUUAUUGUUAUCAAAUUGGGUGUUUUGGACAUGAAUAAGACUAACAUGCACAUUGCUUAUGAGAUGGAACCCUUGGACUUUGAUUGUUUACACAAGAUGAGAGUUAUCUAUAAAGAGAAAGAAAAGCACUAUUGUAUCGCUCCACCUGGACCAGACCUUGCCCCUCAAAUAAUUUGUUCUAAGCAUAGUAGACCAACUGCUACAGAAUUCGAUGAGGAGGCUACUCCUUCCAAUACCUCAAUUUCACUAGCAUAA